AUGUCCACAUCCAAGAGGCCCAGAGGGAUUAAGAUGGAGUGUGAAUGGAAGCCAGACCAGCAAGGACUUCAGCAGAUUCUCCAGCUUCUGAAGGAGUCCCAGUCUCCUGACACGUCCAUGCAGAGAUCUGUCCAGCAAAGAUUGGAGCAACUGAACCAGUUUCCAGACUUCAACAACUAUUUGAUAUUUGUCCUCACAAAGUUGAAAACAGAAGAUGAACCAACUCGAUCCCUCAGCGGGCUUAUUCUAAAAAACAACGUAAAAGCCCAUUACCAGAAUUUCCCCAACGGUGUGUCUGAUUUCAUUAAGAGUGAAUGUCUGCAAAGCAUUGGUGACUCAUCUGCCCUCAUUCGGGCAACUGUCGGUAUCCUCAUCACCACUAUUGCCUCCAAGGGGGAGCUCCAGAACUGGCCAGAACUUCUCCCCAAACUCUGCUCACAUUUGGAUUCUGAGGACUAUAAUACAUGUGAGGGAGCAUUUGGAGCCCUACAAAAAAUCUGUGAAGACUCGGCCGAGAUCCUGGACAGUGACAUGCUGGAUCGGCCACUAAAUAUUUUGAUCCCAAAGUUUCUGCAGUUUUUUAGGCACAGCAGUCCUAAAAUUAGGUCUCAUGCUAUUGCCUGUGUCAAUCAGUUCAUUAUCUGCAGAACCCAGGCUCUUAUGCUGCAUAUCGACCCUUUUAUCGAGAAUUUGUUUGCACUAGCAGCAGAUGAGGAGCCAGAAGUAAGGAAAAAUGUGUGCAGAGCUCUGGUCAUGUUGUUAGAGGUGCGCCUUGACCGACUUCUGCCACACAUGCAUAACAUAAUCGAGUACAUGCUGCAAAGGACUCGAGAUCCAGAUGAAAACGUGGCUUUGGAGGCUUGUGAAUUCUGGCUGACUCUGGCAGAGCAGCCUGUGUGCAAAGAUGUACUCUGUGGACACCUCUCUCAACUCACACCGGUGCUUGUAAACGGAAUGAAGUACUCUGAGAUCGACAUCAUUCUGCUCAAGGGAGACAUCGAGGAAGAUGAAGCGAUACCUGACAAUGAGCAGGACAUCAGGCCACGCUUCCACCGCUCUCGCACAGUGGCUCAGCGUCACGAUGGGGAGGGUGUGGAUGACGAUGACGAUGACGAAGAUGAACUUGAUGACACUAUCUCAGACUGGAACCUGCGUAAAUGUUCAGCCGCAGCCUUGGAUGUUUUGGCAAAUGUAUUCAGGGAUGAGCUUUUGGUGCAUCUUCUGCCUCUACUAAAGGAGCUUAUUUUCCACUCAGACUGGAUUGUAAGAGAGUCUGGUAUUUUAGUUCUGGGGGCUAUAGCUGAAGGUUGUAUGCAAGGCAUGAUUCCCUACCUGCCUGAGCUCAUACCUCACCUAAUCCAGUUCCUGUCAGACAAGAAGGCGUUGGUGCGGUCCAUCACUUGUUGGACACUGAGCCGCUAUGCUCACUGGGUCGUUAGCCAGCCUCCAGAUACUUACCUAAAACCUCUCAUGACGGAGCUUCUUCAAAGAAUCUUAGACAGCAACAAGCGCGUUCAGGAAGCUGCUUGUAGUGCCUUUGCGACUUUGGAAGAGGAGGCCUGCACAGAGCUGGUUCCUUACCUGUCGUUUAUCUUGGACACAUUAGUGUUUGCCUUCAGCAAAUACCAACAUAAGAAUCUCCUUAUUUUGUAUGACGCCAUCGGGACACUCGCUGAUUCAGUCGGACACCAUCUUAAUAAACAGGAAUACAUUGAGAUGCUGAUGCCUCCUUUGAUUCAUAAGUGGAACCAACUUAAAGAUGAAGACAAAGACCUGUUUCCAUUAUUAGAAUGUUUGUCCUCCGUCGCCACCGCGCUCCAAAGUGGUUUCUUGCCGUACUGUGAGCCAGUUUACCAACGCUGUGUCAACCUGGUCCAGAAAACACUUGCACAAGCCAUGCUUUACCAGGCACAGCCAGACCAGUAUGAGCCUCCCGAUAAGGACUUCAUGAUUGUGGCUUUAGAUCUUCUGAGUGGGCUGGCUGAGGGCCUGGGUGAGACCAUUGACCAGUUAGUCGCCCGCAGUAACAUUCUCACGCUCCUGUACCAGUGUAUGCAGGACAAAAUGCCAGAGGUUCGUCAGAGUUCUUUUGCUCUGCUGGGAGAUCUGACAAAAGCCUGCUUCCUGCAUGUCAAACCAUGCAUUGCUGAUUUUAUGCCUAUACUUGGUAGAAACCUAAAUCCAGAAUUGAUUUCAGUUUGUAACAAUGCAACAUGGGCAAUAGGUGAAAUAUCCAUACAAAUGGGGCCUGAAAUGCAGCCAUAUAUUGCCAUGGUGCUGCAUCAGCUGGUGGAGAUCAUUAACAGGCCGAAUACUCCAAAGACACUUCUGGAAAAUACAGCAAUAACAAUUGGUCGUCUUGGUUACGUUUGUCCUCAAGAGGUGGCACCCAUGCUACAGCAGUUUAUAAGACCCUGGUGUACUUCUUUGCGAAAUAUAAGAGACAAUGAGGAGAAGGACUCGGCUUUCAGAGGAAUUUGCACUAUGAUCAGUGUGAACCCAGGCGGCGUUGUGCAGGAUUUUAUAUUUUUCUGUGAUGCUGUGGCUUCCUGGGUAAAUCCAAAAGAAGAUCUUCGAGACAUGUUUUGUAAGAUUCUUCACGGGAACGGCUGGCGACAUUUUACGGGGUGUAGCUACAGUAGCCACGUUCUUCAAUCAAAUCAUAAGCCUCACACCAGGAACCUGUUUUUCUGA